CUACAGACGGACCUCAGUGCGCACGCGUGAAGGCGGCUAAAUUCAAAACUCAAGACGUUAGCAUCGAGACUUGUUCACAUUAGCUUCAAAAUUGUUACGUAUCGUAUGCAAUGUGGUUGAAGAUAAACGACUUGAAAAUGGUUUCAAGUUAGUUAAGAAGUAAUAAUAAAAAACGUAUUUGUCUUAGAACGCCGCAACAUCACAAUCAACAAUAGCAAGUUGACGAUGGAGCCUCUGGAUCCUCCAAAAAAUAAUGAAGGCAGUGGAUUUUCAAGGCGCCGCCUUUCCUCGAUUUUAAAAGCACCACGGAAAUCAGCCAGGUUCCCUGACCAAGAUCAGCAAGAAAAUGUGGUGGAACGUGUCAAACCAGUGGAAAAGAGGAAUUCAAGACGAGUCAGUUUUGCCCCUGCUAAUGACGUCCUUCUGUUUUCUAAGGAUGUCAAAAAUGCCUCCCCUGUCCGAAGCCCUUUGCAAGAAAUAAUAACAGCAACAGGAGCAACAACCACACAAAAUAGGGUACAAGAGGGAGUCACUGAAGAUGGGAGUGAAAUAAUUGGUAUGGAAACUCUUUUGAAUGCUCCUCUACAUGUUUCCCAACAAAAGGAUAAGGCCACUGGAGAUGACUUUGGGGAAAAAACAAUGAUGUUUUCCACAGAAGAUGCAGCCAUGGACAUGACCCAAAGCCACACUAUAAAUAUUGCUGCAGACAUACCUGAAGAUAUACCCCUUCACAAGUAUGACAUUUUCCCAGUUCUUGGAGAAAAUUGCUUGAUAAAUGAUAAAGCCACAGUCCCACCACUAUCCACAGGCAGAAAUGUCGAUGUAAGCACAUCAUUGUCAUGUUUGGAUCCUGGAUUUGAAAACUUCCUUGCAAGUCUGUCUAAACCAAGUGGCCAGAGCACUAAUGCUGUAAACAUAACGAUGACUCUUCCUGCUGAAGCAUCCUCUGAAGAAACAAAAGGCUCCCUGGUCCAGAUUAAAACACAAAGGCCUAAUUUGGAUAAAGAAAAUCAAGUUCCAGUGUCCGUUUCUGCUGUGAUGGAGAAGACACCACAUAACACCAGGAAAACUGGAGAAUCCUCCUACAGGAGUGCACUCUGUCCAGAAGAUGAUGUGAGCAUGGAUAUGACUGAAGCCCAGACAGGUCGCAUCCUGGGAGUCUGUGAUGAUGACGAUAAUCCUUUCCAGUGUCUUUUUCCUACUCAAGACAUGUACACCCACUCACAGAUGAAACGGCAGCAGAGCAGUAAAGCAUCAGGAUUAACCAACCCAAAAGAUAAAGUGUCCUUGAUAAAUCCUCUCGUACCUGCUCCUCAUCAAAGACAUAAGGUGAGCUCUGAUGCGAAAAACGAAUGCAGAGAGAAGACAGUAGUGUUUGCUGCAGAUGACGAGUUUAUGGACAUGACUGGGUGUCACACAGUAAACAUCGCCUGUGGUCCCUUGGUUCCAGAGGAAAAAUCAGCAGAUAUUGAUAAAGAAAACUUGCCACUAAAUACCACUCAAAAUGUUAGAGAGCCUUUUAAAGCCGUUAUCAUCUGUCCUGAACUAAGCAUGGAUAUGACAGAAGCUCAAACUGGCCACGUUUUGGAAGGUGUGCAGGACGAUCCUUUUCAGUUUCUUUUUCCACCACAAGACAUGUACACCCACUGUCUCAAGAAAGCAGAUGGUACUUCAGGACAGCGGAUAAGUGAAGCACUCAAAUCAUCUAACCAUAAAGGCAUUGAAGCUUCAUCUUCAAAGGCACUAAAAAAUCAGAACAAACCUGACAUUGAGAACAACUACAGCGAGAAAACAGUGAGAUUUUCUGCAGAUGAUGCCUGUAUGGAUGUGACACGAAGUCACACUGUAAAUAUCCACCAGUUGCAAGUACAGUCUGACCAAAAUUUUGACUUUUUACCUGCUAAAGAGAAAACUUUAAGAUUCACUCCAGAUGACGGUAUUAUGGAUAAGAAUUAUGGCCUCACUACCAACACUGCCAGUAAUUCAGCAUCCAAUUCAGUAAAUUCUGAGAAGAAACAAGACCGUCAAAUAUGUGAUCUGCCUAGGAACACAUCUUUGUCAGCACAUAGUUUGGAUCCAGGGUCAAAAAACCUUACAGCUUCCUCCAGCAUUAAUCCUAUGAUUACUAAAAUGAAUUCUAAUGGAAAUGCAGUAUGUCCCAAAGCAGACAUAAGCAUGGACAUGACUGAAGCUCAAACUGGCUACAUUUUGGAAGGGGAUGCAGGCACAGCUACAGAUGCCCGUCUUCAGGAUCAUUUUCCCACGCAAAGCAUACACGCCCAAAGUGGUAAUGUCAGAAAAGCUGACUGGCAGAACAGUAAAGCAACUGGAUUAUCAAGCUGUAAAGGUAAAGAAAACUUCCUGAAGACUUCUGGAAACACAAAGGUGCAAAGACAGCAGGUUAAGCUUGAUGUGGACAAUGACUGCAAAGAGAAGACAGUGGUUCCUGUUAAUGAUGCCCUUAUGGAAGUUACACAAAGUCUCACAAUGAACAUUGUCAGUGAUUUAGAACUGCAGUCUCACCAAGACACAGGCCUCUUACCUGCUAAUGGAGAAAAAACUGUGAGGUUCAGUAUACAUGAUGCUGCCAUGGAGGUGACACGAAGUCACACGGUGAACAUUGCCACCAACCUAAACCUGCAGUCAGAUCACAAUUCAGACCUUUUACCUCCUCUUGGAGAAAAAACUGUGAGGUUUGGUACAGAUGAUGCUGCCAUGGAGGUGACACGAAGUCACACGGUGAACAUUGCCACCAACCUAAACCUGCAGUCAGAUCACAAUUCAGACCUUUUACCUCCUCUUGGAGAAAAAACUGUGAGGUUCGGUACAGAUGAUGCUGCCAUGGAUGUGACACGAAGUCACACGGUGAACAUUGCCACCAACCUAAACCUGCAGUCAGAUCACAAUUCAGACCUUUUACCUCCUCUUGGAGAAAAAACUGUGAGGUUCGGUACAGAUGAUGCUGCCAUGGAUGUGACACAAAGUCACACGGUGAACAUUGCCACCGAUGUAAAGUUGCUGUCAGAUCACAGUUUACCUCUCAAUGUAGAAAAAACUGUGAGGUUCAGUACAGAUGAUGCAGCGAUGGAUAUGACACGAAGUCACACUGUAAAGAUUGCCACUGAUUUUGACAAGAAGUUACAUCAAAAUGUGGAUUUUCCACCUACCUCCGAAGAAAAAACGGGGAGGUUCAAUGCAAAUGAUGGAGCAAUGGAUAUGACAGAGUGCCUCACUGAAAGUAUUCCAAGUGUUUCUGCACCAUACCUGGUUCUACCAUUGCAAAAGGUUCUGCCCAUCCAGGAAAUCCAGGGUUUUUCUUUUAAAGUAGAGAAAUCAAAUAGUGAAGCCUGUGGUCUGCGUGGAAACAUAUCUUCAUCAGCACAUAAUUUAUAUCAAGAAUUUAAAAACUUGUCAAACACAAGUGACCCAUGGACUGAUAUUAAAUCACAGGACAAUGAUAUACCAUCCCCUCAAAAAGCUACAUACCCAAGGGACAUACUGAUACAGCUUAAAACACAGAAACCUGCUAUGAAUACUGAAAGUGAAGCUCCAGGUUUGGUUUCAUCUUUCAUAAAGAAGCCAGUAAGUACAACCAUGAUGGACUGUACAGAAAUCAAUUUGAGCAUGGAUAUGACUGAAGCUCAAACAGGAUGCAUUUUGGGUCAGACGUGCACAGAUGACCCCCUUCAGCGCCUGUCCUCCACACAAGAUCCCAAUUCAGACCAUUUGCGGCAAACUGGGAUUGCAUCACAGAGGAGUGGUGAUUUGGGGUUAUCCAAUCCUGAUGACCAGGAAAUUAUGAAUGUGCCAGAUUCUCUUAACUCAAAUGAAAGGGAGAACACAGAAGAACCUGAACCAAGAACUACAGCUUGUCUGAUAUCACAGGAUAUGGAAAGUUCACCCAAGGUUCCUGGAAAGGAUGUGGAUGCAUUGUGCUCACGAAAGUCUAGACGAAUCAGUUUAGCUGAUAUUCAGUCAAAAGUAAGGCGUUUGAGUCACAUGAUAAGUGCAGCUCCCAGUGCAGUCGUAACUGAUAACUGCACUGCACCUUUGCAUCAUUUGGAACAAGACCUGGGGAAAAACUCAAAAGAUAAAACGUUACCUGUCACUAUGGCAGAACCAGAAGCUGAAAUGGAAUUGGUAAACACUGAAGACAAUGCACGAGCUCAGUGUUUUAUAGAAGCAGAGCAUCCCAGUGAUGCUAUUACUACAACUCCUUUCAGCUCAAAGACCAAACAGCUUAUGUCAAGAAUCUCACUGGGAGGCUUUAAGCCGAAACUGCCCCAAAAAUGCAAACCUGAUGAGUCAAAGAGAGUGAAAUCUUCAGGAGACCAUACAAAGGCGAUCACCGUCAACGUUGCCAAGGAGCUGAACAACUUUGAUGAUGAUGUUAGUGAUAUUUAUGAUGAAGAGCUGGGUAGUUAUGAAGAUAUGUCAGAAGCACUGGACACUAGGAGUCCUCAGAAAAGUCAAGAGUUCAACAUGGUCGAGCCUUUAGAGAACACUGUGUUUGAAGAAGAUGUCAUUAGCCCUGUUCAUGGACAAAAGAGACUUCUGCCAGAAGAUAAAACUAAUGUGGAGGAUCAAAAGAGAAUGAAAACAUCCUGUGUGACUGUUGAAGUGUCAGAGGUCAUAGAGUGUGACAGUAAUAUUACUACAGCUCGUACGACUACACAGACAAUAGAUUCCUCCAGCAAUCACACAGCCAGCAUCAAAUGUGAAACUGCAUCUGAGUCAACUUUUAAACACAGCUUGUUUGAAUCUCAGCUUGAAGACAGUGCUGUUGAUGUGCAGAUGAAACUCAAAGAUGGCACCAUAACGGUCUUGGAGUUCUUUAAACUCUUCGGCAUUGACUUUGUCAUCCAUAAUCCUCGGGAGAGUGUCCUUCCUGGCAGAUUUUUGUCAGACACAGAGGCCUCACCAAUGGAUUUACUGAAAGACCAACAUAUCAGUCGUCCUAAACAGAUGGUUUAUGAGACGGAUGUCUUUAACCUCAACGAAAAGGUUGAAGGGCUGAAGGUGCGAAUGCAGGAUCUAAACAAACCUCUUAAUACUGUCAAUAGAUCGUUGUGGGAGGACAUGAGAUAUGCUUCAGAUAAAGAGCUGAAAUCUUUCGGUGCUAAACUAAAGGAGAGAAAUAACUUCUUCAGAAAAACAAGCAAAGUUCAGUCACAUGAACUGAAGGAGGUUCUGUACUCAAAUCUUUUGCAGGCGAAUCUGGAGGAGCAGCAGAAGUUAAGAGGAAGAAUUCAGGAAGCAGAUGAGAUGAUAAAAACUCUGGAUGACUGUAUUUGUGAAUUAGAAACAGAAUUUGCUGCAGUUGAAGAAAAAGGGUUUGAAGACAAACCAAGUCUGAAGUCGCUGCAGGAAGAAAUGAAGAGAGUCACUGAGACGACGGCUGAUAAUGAGAGACAAAUAUCUGAACUAGAGAUGCAGAAGAAGCAGAAUUCAAGUAAAGUCAAAAGGCUUCGAGCUGAAACGAGGAACCUGGAGAUUCAUAUGGGCCUUCUGAAUAUGAUGAAUGAAUGGAAGCUCAGAGAAAUGAGGGACAACUGCAGAGUCUUCACUUUCCUCCAUGAGACCAUGCAUCUGCAGCUGGUGUUUGAAAAGGCCAAUGGUAAUGAUGCCGACACUGAGCAGAAAAUAACACACAUCACUUUUAAACUGGAACUCGAUGAUGAGAAGUCGCAGUGCCAUGCACGCCUUGUUCACAAAUUGGUCUCCGAGUACAUUGAAGGUGAAAGUUGCUGGGUAAAGAAAUACCCAACAAGAAGACAAGUACCAAAGCUGCUCCAUGAUGUCAGCCUGGUGGUGAGUCGCUGUCGUCUUCUGGGAGAGGAACUGCGUCUCCUGAAACUGUGGGGAGGGCUACGGCUGGAUAUACUCGACAUCAGCUGCAUGGACACAAAAGUGCGCAUUGUCUUCAGCACUCUGAAGAAAUUUUCCAAAUUUGAGGUAGUCUUUGGCAUCUCUCUCAUCAACCACUUCUGUGUCCUGCAAGUAGAGAGCUUUAAAAACUUAAUUGGAAGCACAACGAUUCAACAGAUUGAAGACAUUGUGGCUUCGUUCACUCCCGCCAAGAACCUGCUGACAAAGACUGUCAGAGAGAUUUAUGAAGUGUUAUUAUGUUGAGACCAGGAAUGAGUCCAGGAUCACAUUUUGAUUCUAGUUGUUUGUAAUUAAACUCUGUUGUACAGUAUAGAGGGGAAAAACUAAAAACUUAAAUUCUUUUACAAAUCAAAGAAUAAGUAUAAUGUACAGAGUCUUAGUCUGUUUCUUCUGGUGUUUGAAAGAUGUGCUGUUUUGCUUUUUGCUGUACACACAAACAGUUCUCACUGUACAAAUCUGUUCUGUUUCUGCAGACUUUAAUGUCCCAAUAUGGGCAAAAAAAUAAAAAGAUGAAUUGGCUCAAAUGAAAGCUAUGUUGGGAGGCAAAAGGAUUUGCAAACAUUGAAAUCCCAACUCUUUAAAAAAAACAAAACAACAACAACCCAGCAUUACUGACUGCACGAUUAUGGUCACUGUAGUUUAAAGCAUAAAACCCUAUUAUUGGUGUGGUGCAGUUCCCAGAGUUGCCUCUAGAUGGUGGACAUUACCCAUCACCUGUUGGAAGUUUUUACUGAACCUCCCACAUGUAAAUAUCAGUAUCGCUUCAUUUUGUUUAUACUGAAAUGAUUAUAAGCACAUACUCUCUUUCCAGGCCUUUUUAUUAGACAGCAGUAACUGUAAAAUAAACAUGCUUUGCAUUA